AUGGACUACCCAGCCUACAUCGCGUCAUACAGCAUCGCGCACAACGAGCGACAAACGGCUCUUCGUUUCUUCACUGAUGACGUUCUUCUCGAAGACGAACAGGCCCACAAUGGAAACAACGAGGAGUUGCAAAUCCGUUCCUGGGCACAUAUUGGGGAAACUGUGCUGGCCGAGCUUGACGGCGUAUUUGUCAGUGAUGAGGAUGUGCCACUACACUUUUUCUACCCUUUCAGGAAGGGCGAGAAGGCGCGGUACCGCUUUUUGGCCGCGAAUACGGCGGUUGGGGAGAAGAUUUCCCAUAUUCGGAUCACUUACUGGGAAUCUUCGCUCUGA